AUGUGCCCAGCAGUUAGCGAUCCAUUCGUUUUCCAAAAUCUUCGAUCGUUGUCUCCAGACACAGUUAACGUCGAAGAUUUCGUGGACAAAGGCAACAUGUUGGACGAUACCGAGGGAUUCAAAAAGGCAUGGAUUGAAGUUUGUAAUUCUACUUCAAAGAAUGUGUUAUUGAUCCCCAAGCAUAAGACAUAUCAUAUUAAGAGAAUUAACUUUACAGGUCCCUGUAAUUCUCUUGUUGUGAAGAUGGAAGGGAGAAUCAAAGCUUCAAAUAAUUUCUCAGACUAUGAGAAGGACAGGAAACAUUGGAUUAUUUUUAAAGGAAUUGAUAAUUUGAAGGUCAAAGGUAAAGGAACAUUCGACGGAAAUGGAGAAAAAUGGUGGCAAAAUUCAUGCAAAGUCAACCAUUCACUUCCUUGUGUGAAAGCUCCAACAGCAGUGACAUUCAAAAAAUGCAAUAACCUGAUUGUAGAAGGGGUGAGGUUUGAGAAUUCACAACAAAUGCAUGUAACAUUCCAACAAUGUGUUAAUGUAAGAGCCAAAAAAUUGAGGAUCUUUGCCCCCAAAACCAGUCCCAAUACCGACGGAAUUCACAUUACUGGCACCAAAAAUAUUUGGAUCGAUAAACCUUACAUUAGAACAGGAAAAGGUGAUGACUGCAUUUCAAUAGUAAAUGGAUCAACAAAUGUCAAAGCCACAAAUGUCAGAUGUGGACCAGGACAUGGCAUCAGCAUUGGAAGCUUAGGAAAGAAUAACUCAGAAGCACAAGUCUCAAAUGUGCUAGUAAGAGGUGCUAAGCUAAAAGGAACAACAAAUGGAGUUAGAAUCAAAACUUGGCAGGGAGGAAAAGGGUAUGUUAAAGACAUAGUCUUUAAGAAUAUUAUCAUGCACAAUGUCAGCAAUCCCAUAAUAAUCGACCAAAACUACUGCGAUCAAGACGAUCCCUGCCCAGAACAGGUAAAAAACCACCCUUAUAAUUCUGAAUAUCAAUCAUAACCUCAACUCAAGAGACUAAAAAAAUGGUUGAAAUUGCAGACAUCAGCAGUUGAAGUGGAGAAUAUAGUGUAUAAAAGCAUAAAGGGUACAAGUAAAACUGAAAAUGUCAUUACCUUUAACUGCAGCAGUACCCAUCAUUGCAAAGGCAUCCACUUACAAGAUAUUAAACUAACUCUUGAAUCAUCCAUUGAAGGAAAACCUCUAUCUUCAUGCAAUAAUGUUGAUUUAACUUACAAAGGCACUGUCUCCCCAAAAUGUAAUUAAAUCUCUCAAUAAAAUUGUAACUUCAAUUCACAUAA